CCGAAGGCUACCUGCCGGGCCCCUCCGAAGGCUACCUGCCGGGCCCCUCCGAAGGCUACCUGCCGGGCCCCUCCGAAGGCUACCUGCCGGGCCCCUCCGGGUCUGUAGCCCGGGGUGGGGGGGGGGGGGAGCAGGGCGAGACGAAUGGGAUCGGAUCGACUCGGCCCGAGCCGGGUAGGCAGCAGGCAAACCGCCCGUCCCACCCCCCUCCCCCCCUCCCUCCCUCCCUCCCUCCGGCGGCGCGGAGCGGGCCGCAGUCCCCGGCGGGAGGUUGUCAUGGUUUCGCGGGUCACAUGUGUGCGAGGUUCCCCCGGCGCGGGGGGAGGAGGCGGCGGGGGCGGGGAGGCUUCAGUCACGGACGGGGUUGCCGCCACCGCGUCAAGUGCGGGGAGAAUCGGAGCGAGACGCUGCAGCCAUCGCCGCCGAGGCUGCCAGCGAGCCGCUGCCCCCCUGUGGAUCCGCCCCCCGCCCGCUCCCACCUGCACUGCCGCCCGCCCCUUUCCCGUUGUCCACAGGCGAUCCGCCGGGCUCGCGUUGUCUCCGGACAGCGGACGCCCAGCCCCAGGCUCUCCCCCCUUCCCCUCUCCCUCCCCCUUCCCAGCCAGGCUGUGUCCCCUCGGCCGACCCCGGCAUGAGCAUCUCCAUCCCGGCGGGGCUGACGGAGCUGCUGCAGGGCUUCACGGUAGAGGUGCUGCGGAGCCAGCCCGGGGACCUGCUGGAGUUCGCCCUCCAGUACUUUGGGCGUCUCAAGGAGGAGGCGUCGGCGGCUAAGGCGGCGGCAGCAGUUGAGAAGGAGGCAAGCGGCCGCAAGGCGGGCACCCCCGCGCCCGGCCAUGACAGGGGCAGCCAGCCGCCGCGUCGGGCCCCCUCGGACGCCCGUGGGGUCAACUUCGCUGAGGAGCCUAUGCAGACCGACUCCGAGAGCGGUGAGGAUGAGCAGCAGCCAAAGCAACAGCAGUUUCCGGCUCCAGCGAUAAACCGAUUUACCAGACGAGCAUCAGUGUGUGCAGAAACCUACAAUCCUGAUGAGGAAGAGGACGACGCAGAAUCUAGGAUUAUUCACCCUAAAACAGAUGAUCAAAGAAACAGACUGCAGGAGGCAUGCAAGGACAUUCUUCUUUUUAAGAACCUAGAUCCGGAGCAGAUGUCUCAGGUGUUAGAUGCAAUGUUUGAAAAACUGGUUGAAGGAGGGGAACAUGUCAUUGAUCAAGGGGAUGAUGGUGACAACUUCUACGUCAUUGACAGAGGUACAUAUGACAUUUAUGUAAAAUGCGAUGGUGUUGGGAGGUGUGUUGGAACCUAUGACAACCGAGGAAGUUUUGGUGAGUUGGCCUUAAUGUACAAUACACCCAGAGCAGCUACAAUUAUAGCUACUUCUCCUGGCGCCAUCUGGGGUUUGGACAGGGUAACGUUCCGAAGAAUCAUUGUAAAAAAUAAUGCCAAAAAGAGAAGAAUGUAUGAAAACUUCAUUGAGUCAUUACCAUUCCUUAAAUCUUUAGAAGUAUCUGAGCGUUUAAAAGUGGUUGAUGUGAUUGGCACCAAAGUGUACAAAGAUGGAGAACAGAUCAUUGCUCAGGGUGACUUGGCUGAUUCUUUCUUCAUUGUGGAAUCUGGAGAAGUAAGGAUUAUAAUGACAAGGAAGGGUAAACAAGACGUAGAAGAGAACGGAGCAGUUGAAAUAGCCCGAUGCUCAAGAGGACAAUAUUUUGGAGAACUUGCUCUUGUAACUAACAAACCACGAGCUGCUUCAGCAUUUGCCCUUGGCACUGUCAAAUGUUUAGUUAUGGAUGUGCAGGCAUUUGAAAGGCUUUUGGGACCCUGUAAGGAAAUUCUGAAAAGAAACAUUGCCAACUAUGAAGAACAGCUAGUUGCUCUCUUUGGAACAAACAUGGACAUUGCUGAUUACAGUGCAUGAACUAAACAUUGGAGCGACCAGAUCUGUUACAACAAUAUAGCACAGUAGUGGUUAGUCCACUGAGAAAUUGUCUCUCUUCCUAUAGAUGCCAAGCAUUUUCUGUGAUUUUAAGAGUUGAUUUGGGGGUAUUUUUUUGACUUACUACAGUGGAAAUACUAGUAAACAAACCAGAAAUUUAAUAAAUUGUGGGCUUUAUUUUCAAAGGGGUCUAGCAUUGGUGGUUUGGCAUGAAGGCAACUCAUAGUAGCACAGUACCUUUGAAAAUCAAGUCCUUUAACACGGCAUAAUUCCUUACAGAGUAGAUUUAAAAAACCCCACAUGCAAUUAACUUGUUCAAUUAUCUUCUGUUCUUCAAAAAGGUUAUGACUUUUCUGGAAAGACUGUUAGUUCGAGUGUGAUAUGUUGAAAGUAUUAGUGCACACAAAGUGUUUAUAUGUAUUAAUACAGGAGAUAUAUGGUAGAUACUACUUUCUGACUAUUACAGUUGUCAUGAUUUUAUGUUGCAUUUAUCACAGAUGUAGUGAACCACAAGACUAAUUGUAAGAUAAAGCAUGAUAAUGCAUUUUAUGUAAUGCUCAUGACCCAAACCUGAUUUCUAACAUUUUGUACUUUGCUUUAAAGUCCUCUUUAUUUAAUAUGUCAUGUUUCAGCACGACAUUGUAAUAUCUUAUGCAAUUUAGAGGACUUGUAUAUUUUUGCAAUAAACAGCAUUUUUUAUUAGUUACAUGUAUUCUGUACAGUCUAGAGUGAGGACAGCUUACAAAUUAACCUUAAUGCUUUAAAAGCAGGGGCAUAGGCCAUUGUCAGGUUCUACCUAAUCAUACAUAACCUAUAUUAUUUUUCUUCUCCAUUGUUUAAUAUUUAUGCAUUUUGUCUUCACUACCUAUACUUGUUCUCUGCUUAAUUUUUUUUAGAUUUCAACUUUUUUAAUCUGUUAAUCUUUUGCCUAUUUCAAAUCAGUCUCUGUGUAUAUCCGUUCUUGCCGUCAAGUCUUAGGUAUCAAAGACCAGUUUCAAUUACUGAAGUGAUUGAUAUUGAAAGCCUUGCCAAGCUAAGCUUGUCCUUGGAAAAACCUUUAUCAGGAAGUAAAAAACAUUUUUAAUUUGAAAGAUCAGUAUUUCAGAAGCUUUGUCCAAGUCUGGAAAAUAUGUCAUUGCUUAAGCUAAUAUCCUGCUUUCCAAAACAUGUAGGUCAUCAUAAAAUAGUAUCUUUAUAGCUGUGAUAGCAUGAGAUACCUUCUGAGACUGACAAGAGAGAAUAUCAGCACAGAGAUCACUGCUUACAAGGGUCUGUGACUGGAAAUUUCAGGCACAUUCCAAUUUUAAUACUGCUUACUGACCUGUCUCUCGAUGUACAUGGAAAGCUAGUGCACGUUACAACAACUGGCAGCAUUUCUGCCAAAAUUAUAGAAGAGUGGUAGGAAGGCUGCUUCUGCCCUGUUUCAAACACCUUUCCUUCUUAGAUAAUGACUUUUCUAAUGCCAUAUGUUUGUGUAUGUUAAUGUAAUUAUUAUCCUAUAGUUAGUGAUAUGUUCUGACAAUUUAUAUAAUCAUACAUGCAUAUGAAGUUAUGAUUACAUAAUACAAUAACAAUAUAUAAUUUAUAUCAUACAGUAUGGUAUGAAUUACAAAUCAGAUUCCUAACAAAACUCAAUCUGAGCAAAAUUUACAAGAGGGUUUGUUUUUUCUAAAUCUAGAAACCUGGUACAAAUAACUGCAAAUGUGAUAACUUUCCUUUGUACUUUUGAUUUAUGGAAAAAAAAGAAGCCUGUUACUUUAGGAGGAAAUACCAGGUAACCAAAAUCUGCACCCUUGUCAUUCUGUAUGCUUAAUCUUCUAAAGGCUACCUGUAUUUUGCACUAGCUUAAUACAAUUAAAAAAAAUGCUAGAAAUUACUUGUACAGCAGUAAACAACAAUCAAGGCCAUAAAUGCCAGUCACGAUAUUUUCAAUAUUGUUGGUUAUAUUUAAAGUUUCCUUAUAAUAAAUACUUUUAUAUAUAAAAAAAACCUAUGUUUAUUGAUACUGUUGUGUUUUAAUUCCAUUAUCAUAAAGUUAUAAAUUACCUGUUUAUAUUUAGUUAUUUAAACAUUCGUGAUUCUUCACACUUUCGUAACUGAUGUUAUAUAGCUGCUCUGUCUGCUUAAAACAUAUGAUGACAUGUUGGUGUGGGAAUUUUCAUAGCUACUUUGAAGAUUUGUUCGUAGUAUAUAGCAGAGAAAAAGCUGAGGAGUGACACAUUUAAGAUAAUCAGAGACCUUAGAUUUUUCUGAGGCCCAGAGUACAGCUUCCUGUUGCAGCAGUGUUAUUGUGGUGUUUUGGGAGACGGAAUGAUUUCUGGGAUUUUCUUUGUUGGGAAAUUCAGGAGGGUUUAACUAGCAGAAAUAAAUUGUUACUUUGGAAUUUUCAUCUAAGUCAUUUUAUCUUUCAUCAGUCAGCACUUGGAUUUCUCCUGGAUCGCUUCAUCUGUGCACUUAAAACAUACCAGUCUUCCUUGCCACAAAUCUGGCAAGUAUUCUUCCUAAGAAGGAAAUCAUACCAAGUAAUUGAUUUUUAAUGACCUAAUGGUAGAUAAAUUGUAAUAAUUUUAAACAAUAUUAUGUCAUGUUUAUCUUAUAAAAUGACCUAUGCCCAUACUUGGGUUACCCAAUGAUUGUGUUCUUAAAAAGUGUUACUGUCCUUGUUUGUAGUCAGUUUGCUAAAGGAAUGAGACUGGGAAUUAUUUGGCACGUGUGUAACUUUGUUUCUUCCCUCUCUCCCCAGCCUUACCAGCAAUUUAACAUUCUGCAGAUGAUUUAAAUGGAUGGAUGGAUAAGUUCUAGAGGUGGGGAGGGGGGAGGGGAAAAAAAAAGCUGCAAUGAGCUUGUUGAAAUAUAUGCCCUGAUAGGCAGGGAAAGAAAGGUCUGAGGGACGUCCUGUAACAAAAAGCAUUUACAUGUUAGUAUGCAAAAAAGAAUCCCCAUGGCAGCAAAUAUUUACAAAUGCCUUAAUUAUGGGAGAAAAAAAUAGGACCACAGCCCUUAGUUGAUCACAAGACACAAUGAGUCAGCAAGCUUUCUCGGUCCUAGUGCUGAUACUGUCAUUUAAGACACGUCAUUUGUUUGUGCUUUGUUAGAUUUCAUUGAAGUUUAUCUGCAAUAAACACUUCUGAAAUAA